AUUUUGAAGCUGAAAGAGUGUGAAAUUCGAAAGUUGUACGUGGAUGUGAUUCUAGUCAGUAUUCAAAUAACGUCGUUUAGCAAAAAAAGAAAUAACAAAAUAAAUAAACGUGAGAUUAUCAGUCAACGAAUCCUGAUUAAAUGAGUCACAUAAAUCAACGGUUCAAGAUCCAAAACAAAACGAGAAAUUUCUUUUUUGUCAUUUGUGUGAGUGAGCCCCUACGAUGAUAUAAGGUAUCACUCAUCAAUGGCGUAUUGAAUCCAGUCGAAUCCCACGAAGAUUCUCAGUCUCAGAGACUGAUACCCAGUGCCCACCACCUAACGUUCUAUUCUUCACUCUGCAAACCGCCAUGGAUGUACCAGCGGAAGAAGAAGGAGACCCACAACUACAAAGAAGCUACUGGCGGUGGAGCAAGCGAGACUUCUUUCCCGAGCCUUCUUUUGAGAACUUUACUUCUUACAGAGCCGCCGUCUCCGAUACAUGUUCUCGCCUCAAGGACCGUCUUCUAGAUCGGUCGACUGACGCCACAGAGAUCGUUGAGCUCCGUAAAGAGAGUGGCCAUCAGAUGAAGCGCUGCCUCACCUGGUGGGACUUGAUUUGGCUCAGCUUCGGCUCCGUCGUCGGCUCUGGAAUCUUCACUAUCACUGGUCAAGAAGCCCGUCAAAACGCCGGACCUGCCAUUAUUGUCUCUUAUGCCAUUUCCGGUAUCACCGCUCUGCUCUCCGUCUUCUGCUACACCGAAUUCGCCGUCGAAGUUCCGGUAGCCGGAGGCUCCUUCUCCUAUCUGAGGAUCGAGUUAGGGGAUUUCGUUGCGUUUAUAGCUGCCGGGAACAUUCUCUUGGAGGCCCUUGUCGGCGCCGCUGGACUGGGUCGGUCAUGGAGUUCGUAUUUCGCGAGUAUGAUCAAUGACGAUCCUAAUUUUCUUCGAUUUCGGGUAAAAUAUUUCGCUGAAGGCUUUAAUCUUUUAGACCCAAUUGCCGUUUUGGUUCUCUUAAUCGCAAAUGGUAUAGCAAUGAGCGGUACAAAGAGGACAUCUUUCUUGAAUUGGGUCACUUCCAUACUUAGUAGUUUAAUUAUUGUCUUUAUAAUAAUUGUGGGAUUUGUUCGGGGCAAGACUUCGAAUCUGAGCCCAUUUUUCCCUUAUGGGGCUGAAGGUGUCUUUAGAGCUUCAGCUGUUGUGUAUUGGUCUUAUACCGGUUUUGAUAUGGUGGCCACUAUGGCAGAGGAAACUAAGCAGCCAUCUAGAGAUAUACCAAUUGGUUUGGUUGGUUCAAUGAGUGUGAUUACUGUGGUUUAUUGCCUAAUGGCUUUGGCGUUGACCAUGUUGCAGAAGUACACUGAAAUAGAUAUAAAUGCUGCUUAUUCUGUUGCUUUUGGAAGUAUUGGCAUGAAUUGGGCUAAGUAUUUGGUUAGUAUAUGUGCUCUUAAGGGAAUGACCACAAGUUUGCUUGUUGGGUCUCUCGGCCAAGCUAGGUACACCACUCAGAUUGCAAGAUCACACAUGAUUCCACCUUGGUUUGCUCUUGUUCAUCCUAAGACUGGGACCCCAAUUUAUGCUACUCUUUUGGUAACCAUUACAAGCGCAGUAAUUGCAUUUUUUACGAGUUUGGAUGUUUUGUCUAGUGUAUUCUCGUUCAGUACACUCUCUAUUUUUAUGCUUAUGGCUGUAGCAUUGCUAGUCAGGAGGUAUUAUGCAAGGGAAGUGACAGAGAAGGUUGAUUUGCUCAAGUUUCUUGCCUUUUUAUCUCUUGUGAUUGGUUCUUCUAUUGGAAUAACUGUACUUUGGAAUACAAAUUCCCGAGGUUGGAUUGGUUAUUCAGUGACUAGUUUUGUUUGGCUUGUUGGGAAUUUGGGAAUGGCCUUGCUUCCAAAGCAAAGAGCUCCAAAGGUUUGGGGAGUUCCUCUUGUUCCAUGGCUGCCUUCAGUUUCCAUUGGUAUGAAUCUUUUUCUCAUUGGGUCUUUGGGAGCUGUUGCGUUUUGGAGGUUUUUCAUCUGCAGUGCGCUUAUGCUUGUUUAUUAUUUUUUUGUUGGACUCCAUGCAACUUAUGAUGUGGCUAAUUCGUAUGAACAAAAGUGAAUAGUAGAUGCAAAUAGUGUACAUGGCUUGUGAAAAAUAUUCUACUUUCCUUGUAGUUAUGUGACUGUCAAGGCACACUUUUUUUCAAGUCAUUUAUUUAUCAAGGUGAUUCGUUAUUCAUUAAAAA